CCUAUACAGACCUCUGGUAUAUCUAACACAGACUACCAUCCGGUGGGGGUGUAUGAAAUCAUUUACACAGCAAAGGACAGCGCCAGAAACGAGGCCAGGGAAUGCAAGUUCAAGGUCGUGGUCAAAGAACUGAAAUGUUUCGCCCAGUACCCGCUCCCUACAUGAGGGUGGACUGUCCCGACGGCUACCGGCACGGGUCUACCUGCAACUUCAGCUGCACCAGUAACUACAUCUUAGAAGGUGCAAAGGAGACUACGUGUGAAGUAGCCAACUCUGUCAGUGGAGUAUCCUACCCGUACUGGGACAUGUCCUCACAACCCUCAUGCAGUGUGUUUAACACGUGUCGAGACUUAACGCCACCUCACAACGGAGCUUUGGCAUGUGACCUAUGGGAAGAUGGCCAUUUCUGUCAGAUGCAGUGCUCGCGUGGAACCGACCUGACAAGGUCAACAGCAUUCUACGGGAACCUAAUGGUAUGUGCGAAGUCGGGGGACUGGAAGAUUAAUAAGCGUACUAUUGAUGACCCACUACCAGCUUGUACAAAAUCUAGAAGACCAACGGACGCAAUAAUGCCAGUACAUUUCUAUUACGAUGGUCAAUGCACGAAGGAAGAUGCCCAGGAGCAAAUAAAAACAAACUUCCAGAAGGCUUUCAAUCUGAGUCCUUUCCUAAAAACUAUCGGACAGACAGGGAGGACGACUGCCAAUGUCAAGGUGUCCUGCGGCUCUUCUGAUCAUGGGAAGCGAAAGCGAGAAACUCGUGUGACAGUGCAAGUUGACAUCCUUCUGGCCCUCAAUGGCGACGCGUCCAGAGAGACCUUUAAGGAGGCAGAGACGACUCUUCUGAAUCUGUACAGUCACAUUACUGAUGACAUAAAGGGCGACAACUCUAAACUGUUUCCUCAGCUCAGUCAGGAAGUCCGAGCUGUGAUGGCUAUAGGAAGGCCAACGGUUGACCUGGAGUGCCCUCCUCAAACCUUCCCAUCGUAUAAUACAUAUAGCUGCGUUGGCUGCGGUGAGGGUCUAUACUACUCCGAGGACGACAACGGCUGUGAGGAAUGUCCUACUGGAACCUACCAACCCGAGGCUGAAGGUCGUGGGUGUGUCCAGUGUCCAGACGGAAUGACAACCUUACAAAAUAAGACUACAACCGUUGAUCGAUGUCUUCCAAUGUGUGGACUUGGUCAUUUCUCAGCAAAUGGUGUUGAGCCUUGCUCACCGUGUGGUCCAGGCCAGUACACUGACCGCCUUGGUUCUACAGAAUGCACAGCCUGCUCGGGUAGCAUGACCACGGUAUCCCAAGGCUCAGAAAGUGUCACCUCCUGUCGACCGUUUGACGUGGUUAUGUCUCCUUCUCAAACCGCCAAUGCUCAGCUCAGAGUCGACACAGAAGAUUUUGAAAUUCAAAACGGAUUUGAACUUCGCUUUUGGCUGACGUAUCAGUCAGCAGGGGACGUCAUCUCUCUGACACAUGGAGAUAAGGGUAUCUUGUCUGUCUCCAUCAGCACUACAUACGGAAUGCAACUAGAGGUUAACGGGACAGUGCUGCAUGUGCCAGGCCUUGACGCCAGCCAGUGGUAUCAGACAGAUGUUAGCUACAUCAACCAUCAACUCUCCGUCAGUGUGGAUGGGGUUCACAGUCUCUCACAUUCUGUAUCUUUUGACGCUAACGAUGCUCAAAACAUUUUAGUUUCCAUGGGUGGUGCUGGUUUUGAAGGGGGUGUCUCCCAGCUGAACAUGUGGCGGUCCCCCCAGAGUGUCGUUUCACCACCGUCACACACGUGCUUCCUGGGAGACGUCGGAGACGUCAUCAACUGGGACGUCUUCACAUCCGCAAACCAGUCUGAAUCGUUUAUACAGAUCCCCAGUGAAUGUGACGACACAGAUGAAUGCCUAUCCUCACCUUGUAUCCAUGGAGAUUGUAACGAUGAGCUGAAUAGCUACACGUGUACCUGUCAUACUGGUUACCAAGGCGACAACUGUGACGUCAAUAUAGAUGACUGUGUGGAGAACGAGUGCACUAAUGGGGGCACGUGUGUCGACGGUGUGGUGGAAUACACGUGCAGGUGUACGCCUGAGUACACAGGGCAGUACUGCGAUGCUAAUUUAGUUCACGGACAAUGGACCGGAUGGGGAAACUGGACAGAGUGUACCACGUCAUGUGGACCAGGGGAGAGAACUCGCGCCAGACGUUGUGAUAACCCACAACCACAAAAUGGCGGAGACGACUGCGAGGGUUCAGAAACAGAGGUCGGGCUCUGCAAUACAGGAGAAUGUCCAGUCUGUGCAGAAGUAAGUGCCCCUGAUCACGGUGAUCUGGAAUGCAGGGAUGUCAACAGUACAAGACUGUGUGAGCUGAAAUGUGACGACGGCUAUGACUUCGACCGACCUCCGUUGUCUGUCUAUAAGUGUGGGCAGGAGACGGGAUACGAAUGGAGUUAUGUUACUGAGGACAACCCAGAUGGACGAUUCCCCAACUGUGUCGCAAUAGAGAAUGCUGAUGAAUUAGAGGUAGAAUUCCAGGAGGAGUAUGAAGACCUGGAGUGCGUAGAUGGCAACGAGGCUGACCGGAAGUCUAAGGUUUUACUGCGCGCCAGAGAAGAAACCAACUUGUUGCCUUGCAUCAACGAUAACACGUGUUAUAUCAAAGACAUACGUGUACCUGAUUGUGAUGCCCAACGACGGCGGAAGAGGGAGAUCACUUUCAUGGGAUUCAUCAUAACCCUUGGUGCUCAUCCGUCUGAAAAAGGCCUACAAACGUCUGUCGAGGGACUUCACAGGGCCGUGAAUCAACUGACCUUCUCCGCGUCAGCCGGGAACUUUACAGUGAAGCUGGAUGGCAUGAACUAUUUUCUGACAGGAUCCCCGACUAUUGUCGGCAGCGCCACCUGCCGUGCUGGAUGGACCAGAGUUGAAUUCUACUGCAUUCCUUGUGGUCCUGGAACCUUCUAUAUCGAUGGCUACUGUGAACGAUGUGACAUUGGCCGCUACAGCAACAUCACGGCGGCGACAUCUUGUCAUGCAUGUCCCAAGGGCAAGUCCACACCCGGGAGGUCUUCCUUGAGUAUAGAGGAAUGUACAGUUGAUGUGCAUGUUCCUCAAGAUUUCCCAUUGGCUGUAGUUGCGGGUGUUGUGGCCUCUGUCGUAGCAGUCGUAGCAGUGGUUGUUGCUGCGUACUUCUACAGGAAAUGGAAGCAUCAGAAGGCGAAGGUCAGCGCAUCUAACACCAAUGUCCAGGAAACCUCAACAGAAGGACAACACACAGCAAAUAUCAGGUUCAAAGCCGGUCCUCCAUAUUCAGCUGGAGAGGCAUGGACCCAUAACACCAACCCAUCUGACUUUAGUAAGGGCGGUUCAGUUUGGUGUGCCACACCAAUGCCUCCCCAAGCUACAGAACCUCCACCUCCAUACAGUCGGUUAUCUGUCCCUGGGACUACUAACCCCUUCAAUACGUCCACGGGUCAUUACGGAGCUGGUGGUGACAUGACACGCUACGGACAGGGCAGUACGGAUGUUGGAACACGUGGUGGGCUAGGAAAAGAGUCCGGGACAGACACAGAAAGGUCAGAUCGAGAUACGGUGUCAAGGUCAUCUGGAGGACAACCGCCACGAGGAAGUUCACAGGAUUCUGGAAAUGGUAGACGUACCUCUGAACUGAGUAUUCACUUCGCUGACAUGAACGUUGAUAGAAGGAAUUCCAUAUCCAUGUUUAACAUGGACCUAAUAUAAAAUGCUAAUUUUGUGCGGACAGAAAAUUGUUCAGAGAACUGGACUGGAAAUAAUGCAUCUGUAACUUUUGUACAGUCAGAGCGAAUACAAACUGUACAUAACCCAAACAUUAGAAAUUAGUUGUUCAAAAUAUUAACCAAACAUGUGGACGAAGGAACGACAUUCAUUGCCGAUUAACGGGACCAGUAGGUAGGGCCCGGUGGUCUCGCAUCGAGUGCGGAUAUGUGAUGGUGUCAGAAACCUGAUGGUCUGGUCGAGAGUCCAGUAUAACAGACCGCCAUAAUAGAACUGGAGUGCGGCCUUAAACAACAACCAACCAACCAAUCAAAACGUUCAUGUUCAUGUCAGUGAAUUCAUUUUAAUGAUAAUUGAUUGUGAUUCAUAUGUCCCGUGAUGUAAAUUGUCAACAAUGGUUGAUGCUCUGUUUGAUUGGCAGUUUAGUACUUGGUGAAUAAUAAGAAAGGCAUGAUACCUUAUGGAUGACAACUUUAUAUACCAUGAUGCGACGUUUCCGUAUAGAUUCUUAUACCUUUUGAAGCAAGAGUGAAUGCUUGAUGCGUACAACUGAUGCCAUGAUUUAGAGACGCAUCGAUUCCCGAGAAACAUAUCCCUGUUUCAGCCUUUGGUAUCACAUAAAAUUUCAACAUUUUGUAUUCUUGAUCCGCUUGAUACUGAAUAUGUAUCUAUUUACGUGUAAUGUGCCUGUUGACAAUGUAAAUAUACCCAUUAUACAUUUUGUGAUGCAAACAAGA